AUGGGCCUUCCUAUGGAGAGAAAUAUCCACGCGCCAACUGUCCCCUCCGGUCCGACGACGGCGGGGACCGGGUUCAAAGACCUGACCAAGUUCUCGAUGGUGGAGCUUAUGAACGAGAAAGAACACAUCGAAGCCGAGCUUUCAGCCUACAGCAGUGUUCUUACAUCGCAAGGAGUGACCAUGGACACAACGUUGACCACAUUCGACGGUUUUCCCCGCGACGACAUCGAUGUGGCUCAGAUCCGUACCACGCGAGCUCGCAUCGUACACCUUCGGAACGAUCACAAGGAGGUUAUGAAAUACCUGGAAAAAGGCCUACACGCGCACUUUGAAGCUUUACAACAGGCCCAAAAUGGGACAGCGGUAUCUGGAAACUCCUCUACGGCCCAACUACCAAUCCUAAACGGACUUGCAACGUCGUCAGCGACUACGACAGAAACGCCCUUCGCGAAAGUCAAUAGUGUUGCUAGUGGCAGCCCGGCAGAUCAAGCCGGCCUGAAAGCUGGAGACUCUAUUCGUAGCUUUGGCAGUGUUAAUUGGGUCAACCACGAGCAUCUAUCCAAGGUCGGAGAAGUUGUACAGCAAAACGAAGGACGCGCUCUCGUGGUCAAGAUUGUACGGCAGAACGAGUCCGGUCCAGGCACCAGGGAGCUGAGUCUCAGCCUAAUCCCUCGACGCAAUUGGGGAGGCCGGGGGCUGCUGGGAUGCCACUUGGUGCCUUUGUGA